AUGCGCACGGAGCACGGCGCCCGCAUCUUACUUUCCACGCAUGCUCGGAAGAUGGCUUUGGGGACACUUCUGGGUCCCGUGGCCAAUCAGUUUGAUUCCCAUACCUGUGCGUGUACCGCUAGGAAAGCGGUAUGCAGUUGCAAUCUUCCGGCUGGGGAGCCGCAACCCAGGGACAGGCGGCGCGGGAGCGGCCGGAAUGCGAGCCCGCUCCACAAGCCCAGCCAUGUGUCCGCAUCGCCGCUGAGUUUGAAACAUCCAGAGAAAACGCAGGACGCCGGAGUUCACGCAGCCGGCCGUGCCUGGGCGGAGCGAGGAUGCUCAGAACGCCGCGUCGGGGGCGGGGCGCCGGGGGCGGUGCGAACCUCGGGGCCGCGAGGCCCGCCGAUCCUCGGGGGCGGUGUCCGCAUUCCCAUGGCCUGCCGCGCAGCCGCGCAGGGAGGCUUCACCAUGUCGCGGGCAGCUGCGGGGACUGCCGCGGGAGGCGCGAGCCCCACGGCGACUCCGCCUCCCCGGGCCCGCUGCUCAGGCCAGCCGACGGGCCCGGCGAGCUCACCGCGAGCCAGCCGCCCUCCGGCCAGUACGAACCUUAAUGAAAUGGAAACUCAUCUAAGCAAAGAGCAGAGAAAAGGAACAACGGAGGAAAACGAUUCGGGUUACGUGUCAGAACAACCCAGUUGUACCUCUAUUAAGAAACCGAAACAAGAGGAGUCUCUGUACCUGACUAAUUGCCGUAUGAUCCUUACUGAAAUAGAAAAUCAUGCGGACGCAUGGCCUUUUCAUCUUCCUGUAAAUUUGAACUUUGUUCCUGGUUAUACCAAAGUUAUUAAGAAGCCUAUGGAUUUUUCCACAAUUAGAAAUUAAUUAGUGGACAGUAUCCAAACCUGGAAGCCUUUGAUGUCAAUGUCAGGCUUGUUUUUGACAACUGUGAAGCAUUUAAUCAAGAUGAUUCUGAUCAGGCAGAGCUGGCCACAGUAUUAGGAAGUAUUUUGAGAAAAAGUGGACAGAUACUCUCAAAGUGAGCCGAAGCUACAAUAAUCUCUUUUCUCCUUUUCAAUAAGGAUGAAUAAGACCAGCAAUGUCAACUGUAUUUUACAUAAAUGUGCAAGGCACACGCAUAAUGACUUUCUUUCUUAGUAAAAGUAUCACACACAAAAACAAUAUCAGAAGAAUGAAACCAUUUUUAAAGGCUUCACUCCUGCAACAACCAAGGCCUUUGGUUAUUGGUUUGUGUGAUUAAUCAGCUAAUUUAGGUAGAACAGGGAAGCACACCCAAAGAAUUUUCAAAGGUAAGGGUGUUAUAGAGUAACAGCAAUUAAAAUACAUCAAAUCACACUUAAUAUUCAACACCAGAGCUCUAAUGUGGGAGAUGGUUCUCCUUUCCCUCUCAAUAAAUAUCUACUUUUCCUUUC